AUGGCCACCGACGAGAAUGAGAUGCCCUUCAAGGUUCGCGUCUCAAAAUUUCGACAUGUCUUCGGUUCGCCGUACCGUGAACAAGAUUGCUAUAAAAAUAUCCCGAUUACACGAAACGCACAUGAUGGAAGUUUCUGUGCGGUGAAUUCGAAAUUCUUGGCCAUUGUCACUGAAACAUCUGGUGGUGGUAGUUUUCUCGUUAUUCUUCUUACUGAAGUCGGUCGUGUCGAUGUUGAUCAUCCGCGUAUAACUGGUCAUCGUGGUCCGGUCGUUGAUCUGAAAUUUAAUCCAUUCAAUGACAAUGAAAUCGCCUCGUGUUCAGACGAUGGAACAGUUAAAGUGUGGUACAUACCAAACGAUGGUCUCAAAGCUGAUACCUACCAAUGGAAGGUCGAUCUACAUGGGCAUCAGCGACGCGUUGAUUACAUUGAAUGGCAUCCGACUGCGCAAAAUCUCAUUUUAAGUGCUGGCCUUGAUCAUCAAGUCGUUUUAUGGAAUGUUGAACGAGCGGAACCUAUUCAAGUAUAUCGUUGUCAUCCAGAUGCGAUUCAAUCGAUAUCGUGGAAUCGAAAUGGUUCGCUAUUUGCAACUACUUGUAAAGAUAAACAUAUUCGUGUGAUUGAUCCUCGAACGGGUCGAGUUAUUACAAAAGGAAUUGGUCACCAAGGGCCAAAAACAUCGAAAGUUGUGUUUCUAGGUGAGACAAAUCGUCUUUUAUCCACGGGUUUUGGUAAACAAUUUGAACGACAAAUAUCGAUCUGGAACGCGAAUGACUUGUCUAAACCGUUAACAGUCGAAACAGUUGACUUCAGUGCCGGUGCUCUUAUUCCAUAUUAUGAUCACGAUACUCGUACAGUUUAUUUAGCAGGAAAAGGUGAUGGAAAUAUUCGUUACUACGAAGUUAAUGAUCAAGGUGAUCCGUACUUAUAUUUUCUUUCGGAAUAUAAAUCAUCAUCACCUCAACGUUGUCUUGGUGUAAUGCCGAAGAUAGGCCUCGAUGUGACACGUAACGAAAUUAUGCGUUUUUAUAAAUUAUUCGCCACUGGAUCUGUUUGCGAGCCGAUUUCAAUGAUUGUUCCACGCAAAGCUGAAGCAUUUCAAUUAGAUAUUUACCCUGAUACACCAGGUCCUUAUCCAGCCUUAACGCCCGAUGAAUGGAUUUCCGGCAUCGACCGCGAUCCUAUUCUCGUAUCAAUGAAAGAUCGAAUCGAAGGAACAAACAUGCCGAAAAUCACAACGUAUCGCACACUUGAUUCGACAUCAACCACGCCUGUUCUUUCACAUCGGGGAACAAUGUCACGAACCAACCAACCACCCAUAGCUGAAGUUGCGCCUACACCGAAACAAACUCCAGCUGAUCAUUCACCGCCAUCACCGAUCUCAAUCGAGAAAAUGUCAAUGUCGAUGUCACAAUCUCAGCCACAUCUAAAUCCAGCAAGUAAAGGUUUAAGAAAGAUCGAAUCGUUGAAAAUGCCCGCGACGAGUGUUGAAUUCAAUAACGUUAGUGACGAGGUCAUUCCUCCAGUAUCAGCACCAUCUGUUCUCCCUCCUCCUUUACUACCACCAGCACCACCAGAGCGUAAGAUGAUUUCUCCGAAACCAGUUGCUGUUCCACCACCAACCAAUAAGGAUGCCACUAGCACACUUCGGUCACCAUCGAAGACUGUUUCACCGUCAAAAAAGUUGAGUCAUGCUCGAUCAACACCGGAUCUUUCAUCAUUGGUAUCAGAUAAUGAUGAGUUCAAACAUAAUGCAGACGAUGAUACAUCAUCAUCUAUUGAGAAUCUUUCCAACACCUAUUCAAUAUUACCUACACCACAAAAAUCGCAUAAACAACAACAACAACAUCCGCUACGUCCAAGUGGUUCUAUUCUAAAACGGAGGUCACAACCACCUGCGACACAACCUCGUGCACACGAAGAACCGAUUUACACUUCAUCGGCCUCUGUACCUUUACAAAGACCUGGCGUUCGAUCAGUUCAAUCAAUGAUUCGUGAUCAGAAAACGACUCACACGUCGGAGAGAGAUAAAUUUCAAAACCAGAUCAGCCAACAACAGCAGCAGCAACAACACCAACAAUCCUCGUCGAAUAAUAAUAAUACUUCAAACCGUCGUAAUUUUGAAGUUAAGAAAAAAGUCUGGAGUGUUGACGCGCCUGAGCAACAACAACAACAUCAGCAGCAGAUACCUCACCAUACUAAUGGCAAUGGCCAUCAUUUACCUAGUUCACAACAAAUAAAUGGCCUUGACUAUCGGCAAGUUUAUUUGAAACAACAAGAAGAAAUUCAAUCUUUACGUGAACUGUUGGCAUUAAAGGACAAUCGUAUACGUAUACUCGAAGAUGAAUUGCGUCUACUAAAAACUCCAUAUGAUCAUCGUGAGAAUGAUCCAACGAGAUGA